AUGGGCGAUCUCCCCCCCGAGUCAGUUCAAUUCAAAAUUGAACCAAUUCUGAUUCCUGCGACAACAAUCGCAAGAGAUGGCAAAUUUCCAACAUGUAGAGGAGGGUUCUGUGACAUCUGGAAAUGUUCAGUGACUGCACAAUCUGGCACCCAACGCCUUGUCGCUGUCAAAUCUAUCAGGAUCCUUUCAGUGCCAGAUGCGACAUUAGAAGCGAUAGGCAAGAAAGUUCGUCGCGAGGCCUAUGUUUGGAUACAGUUGGAACACGACCACAUCCUUCCUCUCGAGGGUGUGACUGUCGCUGAAGAAUUCGGGCCACUCCCGGCACUAGUGUCUCCAUGGAUGAAAGAAGGGUCGCUGGACGGAUAUUUGGAGCGUGAGUUUUCUGGUAUGUCUGACCCCCGAAAACGAGAGCUUAUACGGCAGGUAACUGCUGGUAUUAGUUACCUGCACGGCAGGGAUAUCGUGCACGGUGACUUGACUGCAACCAACGUUUUGGUUGACAGCUCUGGUCGCCUCCGUCUCGCAGACUUUGGUCUAUCGAUGAUCCUUGCCGAGGCAGGAAACGCCACAUUCAACUCCUGUCAUCCAGGAAACAUACGUUGGAUGCCCCCCGAGGCUCUCCAAGCCGGAGCUGAAGACGAAGACGAAGCUAAAGACGAGAAGCCAACCAAAGCUUGGGAUGUCUAUUCGUAUGGCUGUGUGGCGUUGCAGAUCUUCUUGGGAAAACAGCCAUACGCGUGGAUAAAAAAUGGUUUUAGUGUUAUACGCGCGGUGGAGAGGGGGACUGUGCCUUUCAAGGACAUACAGAGUCGUGAUGAUGAGAUAUAUCAACAGUUCUCACCGUGCUUGAAACAAAAAUCAGCCGAUCGCCCGACGAUGGACGACAUCAUGAAUUCUGGGGUCAUGAUAGUGUGUACCAAUUAUGACAGAGUUAGAGGCUAUUGCUAGACGAGUUAC